AUGUUCGGAAGUACACGUCCUAUGUUUGGCGGUAAUACGGGUCAAACAUUCGGCGCAACCAAUACUUUUGGUUCACAACAGCAACAACAGCAACAACCUAACUCCUCUUUUGGCGCUAAUAAUUCUAAUGCAUCUUCCGGUUUUGGAGGUUUUACUGCAACAACUAAUAAUAAUUCAAUGUUUGGAAAUAAUAAUAAUAAUCAACAAACUUCAACCGGCCUGUUCGGCCAAAACAGUAAUACUCAACCUCAAAAUACACCAUUUGGAUCUUUGAAUAAUAAUAACAAUACUACAGCUACAAACAAUACCUUUGGAAUGAUAGGCAAUAAUAACAAUAGUAACAUGAAUAACGCAUUCGGACAGUCCAAUAAUGCUUUUGGUCAACAACCCAAUACUAAUACUAGUUUUGGUCAGCCACCCAAUGCUAGCAAUACAUUUGGAAUGACUGCAUCAAGCGGUGGUGGUGGUGGUGGUGGACUAUUCGGUCAAGCUAAUAACAACACAGCCACCUCACAAGGUGCUGGUCUAUUUGGUCAACAACAAAAUACAAAUACUUUUGGCCAGCAACCGUUUGCAGGUGGCUCAUUCGGACAACAAAAUAAUACUAAUAAUAAUGCAUUUGGUGCAAAACCAACCAAUUCCCUCUUUGGAAACAAGCCAACUACCGGUGGUUCCAUGUUUGGCCAAACUAAUAAUACGUUCGGCUCAAAUACUCAAGGAACUGGUUUAUUUGGACAACAACAGAAUACUCAACAAAAUACAGGCUUAUUUGGUCAACAGAGUAAUAGCACUGCAAAUAAUAACCUCUUUGGACAGGGUACUCAAAACCAGAAUAAUAAUAGCCUAUUUGGUCAACAACCGCAAAGUAAUGCUUUUGGACAACAAAACAAUACAUCUAACUCUCUAUUUGGCAAUAAGCCUGCUACAACAGGUAGUUUAUUCGGUCAACAACCACAAUCUACCGCAGGUGGCUUAUUUGGCCAAAAUAACCAACAGCAGCAAUCCGCUGGUGGGUUGUUCGGCCAAAACGCCAACCAGCAAACCGGCGGUGGUUUAUUUGGACAAGGCAACAUGAAUCAACCGCAGCAGCAACAACAAUCCACUGGUUUAUUUGGUCAGAAUAGUACUAACCAACAACAAGGAACGGGCCCAUUUGGCCAACAAGGUGCUAAUAAUGCGCAAACUGGUGGACUUUUCGGCAACAAGCCUGCUACUACUACCACUGGGGGUCUUUUCGGACAAACAAAUCAGCAAAGCACUGGCUUAUUUGGUCAGAAUAAUCCUCCCCAGCCGCAAUCCACAGGCUUAUUUGGCAACAAACCCGCAGGUAAUACAGUAGGGGGGUUAAUGGGUCAAGUUAACCAACAACCACAGACUACUAGUAUGUUUGGACAAAGUAAUACGAAUCCACAAUCCGCUGGAUUAUUUGGUAACAAACCUGCUGGCUCUACUACUGGAGGGUUGUUUGGUCAAAAUACUACUACUGCAAACACAAACACUGGAACUGGCCUAUUCGGGCAACAAAACACUCUUAAUGCUACAGCCGCUUUAGGUACCAACAAUGCCACCGCAACUGGAGGAUUAUUCGGUAACAAACCGGCUACUGCAGCCAAUGCCUCUACAACCGGUGGCUUAUUCGGGUCAAAACCUGCAGGAACAACGUCAUUCGGUACCAGUAGUACGGCAGGUGCGACCACUGGCGGAGGUUUGUUUGGUUCCAAACCACUCGGUACCACCACCACGGGGCUUACUAGUGGUGGAUUAUUUGGUAAUAAUAACAGUAAUGCUACCACUACAGCUCCUAGUGGAACUGCUACAGGUUUAUUUGGUUCAAAACCACCAACUAAUAUGACCGGGACGUCAAGUGCUGGUGGAUUGUUUGGUUCUCAACAACCAAGUAGUACCUUAUCUACCAAUCAAAACCAAUCAACGCAACAAGGAAAUGGACAAUUACCAGAUGGCACUUUUGCUAAAAUUGAUAUGCCAGAUUCAAUUACUCAACCACAUAAGAUUACUAUCACUAAGAUAAAUGCUGAUACAAAAAAGAAAACGAGUUUAACAAAUGCGUAUAGACUAGCACCUAGAGCGCUAUUUACUUCAAGAACCUUACAAGCUAGUAAGCCAAAGGAAGCGCAUGUUCCGAGAAUAAAAAGCCCACCGGCUAUAAAAGCAAGUGAAGCUGAUAAAGAAAAUAAACAAUUGAUUAUGAAUGGAUCAGAGACGGUUAGCAGUCUGCUAUUUAAUCCAGAUAGGAAAUAUCUGAAGGAUUUGGUAAUUAGAAAAACUAAACCACUUAGUGACGAAACUAAUACGGAGAUUAAAAAGAUUUCAUUUGACGUUCCUGAUGCUAGAAAAGUAGAUGGAACAAAAUCAACCAAUAUCUUCAAUGAUUCUGAAGAAAUCCCACAAACUCCCACAAAUCAAAGAGAUACCAGAGCUAGUUACAAACCAAGUGAACUAAAACAAGAAAUAACCAGCACUAAUGACACCGAAUUGAAAUUCGUCAAUAUGACAAAUAUUUCUAGCGAUGACAUCACUUUCACCGAGGAUGGCUAUUACAUCACUCCAUCUUUGGAAACAUUGGAGGCUAUGUCUCUAGUUAAGCUUCGCAAAGUUAACAACUUAGUUAUUGGGCAUAAAGACUAUGGUAAAAUUGAAUAUUUAAAGCCAGUUGAUUUAUCAAAUGUCCCAAUAAAUAUGUUGUGUGGUAAUAUAGUUGUAUUUGAACAUCAAACAUGCCUAAUUUACCCUGGUUCAUCAAGGAAGCCACAAUUAGGGGAAGGUGCAAAUGUUGAGGGUAGAGUCGUUCUCUAUAAUUGCUUCCCAAUAAGUAAAACUGACAGGAAACCGAUCACAGAUCCGAAUCAUCCUAUGGUUAAAAAACACAUUACAAAAUUAAAGAAAAACAAGGAUUCCAAAUUUGAAAGUUAUGAUCCUCAAACAGGGACAUAUACUUUCAUAUCUGCAGGUCCAAAAGUUGAUGAAGAAUGA